UCUCUGCAGCCGGGACACAGCAGGAUGGCAGAGCCACGAUUUAACAACCCGUAUUUCUGGCCGCCCCCGCCAUCCAUGCCAGGCCAGCUGGAUAACCUGGUGCUCAUUAACAAGAUUAAGGAGCAGCUGAUGGCCGAGAAGAUCCGACCCUUGCACCUGCCGCCUACCUCCAGCCCCUCCCAGCAGACCCUGCUGUUGCCCACCUCGACCCAGGACGGGGGCAACCAGCACGGUAUGUCAUUGCAAAAGCAGCAGCAGUUGUCGGGCCACCACCCGCAGGGACAGGGCUCGGGACAGCCGGACAUCGCUCUGCAUGCUCGCCCCGCCUCCAGCUCGGGACAGGAUGGAUUAAUGGACGACAAGUCAGCGGUGAAGGCCAAAGGAUUGUGGGAGGACUGGCACCUGAGACAGCUGGGCGAGCAAACUGGCCGCAUGAACCAUCGCUCAGCGCUGGCUCCCUCAUCCCGACCCGACAGCCACGUCAUGUCCGAGGCCCUGACCCCCACGACCCCGACCUCCAGCGGCCAGAACCGCCUCGGGGGUGCGCCCUCCCUGAACAUCAUCUCUGGGCUGGCCAGCGGUCCGGGCAUGGACCACAUGAAGGUCGGCGGCCUGGCAGGACUGUUGGGCCCCCCACCCAAGGCCCCCCGGGGACGGAAGAAGAUCAAAGCUGAAAACCAAUCGGGUCCUCUGCUGGUGGUGCCCUACCCCAUUCUAGCUGACCAAGGCUGUGUCACGAUUGCACCCAAAGAGGGCAAAAUCUACAGAUGCAAAGUGUGCCCACUCACCUUCCUAUCCAAGUCCGAGAUGCAGAUUCACUCCAAGUCUCACACGGAGGCCAAACCACACAAGUGUCCCCACUGCACCAAGACGUUCGCCAACGCCUCCUACCUGUCGCAGCACCUGCGCAUCCACCUGGGGAUCAAACCCUAUCACUGCUCCUACUGCGAGAACUCCUUCCGUCAGCUGUCACACCUGCAGCAGCACACCAGAAUCCACACCGGCGACCGGCCUUAUAAAUGUGCUCACCCCGGAUGUGAAAAGGCUUUUACCCAGCUGUCUAACCUCCAGUCUCACCAGAGGCAGCACAAUAAAGACAAGCCGUACAAAUGUCCGAACUGCUACCGUGCCUACUCUGACUCCGCUUCAUUGCAGAUCCACUUGUCAGCGCACGCCAUCAAAAACGCUAAGGCCUACUGCUGUAGCAUGUGUGGCCGGGCAUACACCUCAGAGACCUACCUUAUGAAGCACAUGUCCAAACACACGGUGGUGGAGCACCUAGUGAGCCACCAGUCGCCCCAGCGGACCGAGUCCCCAAACAUCCCCAUACGGAUCUCCCUCAUCUGA